UCAAUGUCGGCUCUAUUCAGUCCACUUGUGUCCGCCAAUGAUGGGCUGAUCAUGCAACGGUGACCUCUUACGUGAUACGGUGUAUGCGAAAUGGAAAUUUCCGCACUGUCAGGCGGGUCGAAUCUCCUGAAGCGUCGACAUUCUCAACAAUCGAAUCCCCGUUCCGUUGUUCCAUCCCGAAUCUUUGUCGCAGCCAAGCCCGACCGUGUGCAGUCGGUUUCAACCCUCGGGCCGUCUCCGUCGAGAUCUCAACCAGUUAGUCAACUUCAAAAUUCGACCCGAGUCUCGGAAACAAGUCGGAUGAAGGCCGAUGGCCUCACCGCAACACCCCGUUGUAUGAGUUUUCUUCAGACGUAGAGGACGAUGCACCCACUCGGUCCGUGUUAGCCCAGAAAAGCUAUCGUGCUUUCCGUCCACUGAGCAGGACAUGGAUACUGAUGCCUGAGACGGCGCGGACCUCUUCC